AUGGUGACCUCAUUUGGAACAAGCAGAGGCGGUACUAGGGGUGGGCUGAGAAAGGUAGAAGGAUGUGACAAGACAUGGUGUGAUAUAAGUAGCAAAUAUAAAGGUUGUGGGAGUGGUUGUAGUUGUCUUGCGUGGGGAAUUUUUGGUGGUAAUUGCAUCGAUGGAAUUUUCAAGGAAGCAGUGAAAGAAGUUAAUAACGUAUGUGAAUCUGACGAAGACUGCAUCAAGAAGGGAAGUGGGAGCAUUUGCGCUUAUUAUCCUAAUUCUGAACUCCAACAUGGCUGGUGUUUUACCUCUAACGUUGAAGCAGAACGCUACUUCGAGGUUCUCUCUAACCCUGCAGUAAGGAAGUUCUUCAAACAAAUCACUCACUCCAAUGAAAAAGAAUUCAUGAAGAUGGCUCUAGAUAAUAUUGCCACUACUUAA